UCAGCCAGUCUAAAGUGAGAGACUACAAGAAUCAGUGAGGAGGAGGAGAAGAGAAGUCACGGAGGAGAGAGACUGAGUUGGUCUGGGUGACGACACUGGAAGUGUUCUUCAUAUUCACGUUGUCGCACAAGCUGAAAUGUUGCUACUUCUGAAGAAAAUUACAUUUUGCCUCCUGUUGUGGAUCGCUGGUGCGCAUCUCGCCUUGAGUUACGUCUCAUCAGAGUUUCACGUGAUGGAAGAGCAAGUGUCCAAGGGUCACCUGGUCCUGACUGAGCUAGUCGGCGUUCCUCUUCCUCCUUCUGUGUCUUUUAUCACUGGCUACGAGGGUUUCCCUGCCUACAACUUUGGGCCUGAUGCUAAUGUAGGCAGACUGACUCAGACCUUCAUACCUGAGCCAUUCUUCAGGGACUUUGCCAUUAUUGUCACCCUAAAGCCUGCCAGCUCACUGGGAGGCAUGCUGUUUGCCAUCACUGAUGCCUCCCAGAAGAUUAUUCAUCUGGGCCUGGCCCUGACAACUGUAGAGGACAAGACCCAGAGGAUCGUACUGUAUUACAACGAGCCAGGAGCCAGUGAUACCCAGCAGGUGGCUUCCUUUAAAGUGCCUGACAUGACAGAGCAGUGGAACCACUUCACUCUCACAGUAGAGCAUGAGGAGGUGCGGCUCUAUAUGGACUGUGAGGAGUACCACAGUACCCCCCUGAAGAGGACCCAGCACCCUCUCAGCUUUGAGCCGGGCUCUGGCAUCUUUGUUGCAAAUGCAGGCAGUACUGGUCAGGAGAGAUUUGUGGGCUCUAUCCAGCAACUGGUAAUAAAACCAGACCCCAGGGCGGCUGAAGAACAGUGUGAGGAGGAUGAUCCUGGCGCGUCUGGGGACAGAAGUGGUGAUGGUGAUUUUGAUGAUGAAGAAGACCAAGGCAGACAUGAGGAAAUCGUUGGUGGAACAAACAAGAGAAAACAUAAGAAGACACAUCAACCCACCUCUCCUGUGCGAGCCCCACCCACUGUAUCACCUGAAGUGGAAGAGGAGAACUCCUCCGGACAUGUGAACCCUAUAGACGAAAGGCUACUUCAAGGUACUUUCAAAACAGACGAAAAGAGGGAGCUUGCAGGUGAUAAUUUUGACCAGGGGCAAAAGGGGGAGCGUGGUGCUCCUGGAUCUCCAGGCCUUCCGGGUCCCCCUGGACCUCCUGGACCACCUCUUCCACCCAAACGUUCAGGGCAGCCCGGACAGAGAGGCCCACAAGGUCCAGUGGGUCCACCAGGAGUACCAGGCAGACCAGGGAAAGAUGGACAACCUGGAAGCAAAGGUGAAGAAGGAAAACCAGGACAAAGGGGACCUUCGGGAUUUCCGGGGUUAUCUGGAGAAUCUGGGGUUAAAGGGGAAAAGGGUGAUCCUGGAGAGGGUCGGCCUGGACCACCUGGUCCACCAGGGCCUCCUGGACCACCAGGAUCAUCCAAACCAGUCAGAGUUCCAUAUGGAUUUGAUGCUCUUGGUUCUGGAUUUGGAGAUGCUGACAUUGAUACAGAAAUUUUAAAAGGUCCACCUGGUCCUCCAGGGCCUCCUGGGAAACCUGGCCCCCCUGGUUCUAGCAGCCCAUCAGAAGGUAUGCUGCCCGGACCCCAUGGCUUGCCAGGUGCUCCUGGCAAAGAUGGCAGAGAUGGGCUCGUUGGGAAGCCUGGACUUCCUGGUGUUCCUGGUCAGGAUGGCUCUUUUGGACCGCAGGGACCGAAGGGAGCAAAAGGUGAACAAGGAAUAAGAGGACCUCCUGGACCAAAGGGUGAAAAUGGUGAUUCUGGCCCGAGAGGUUUACCUGGCACUAUAGGCCCUAUGGGACCAAGGGGUGCACCUGGACCACCUGGCCCUCCAGGUCCACCAGGCAGUGGCUUCAUGAUGGACACUUUGAAGGAUUUGGAGGGUUCUGGUGAAAGCGGAUUAUUUCUUGGAGCAGGAAUUUCAAAAGGCCAUGAAGGACCUCCCGGGCUUCCUGGCCCACACGGACCUCAGGGACUUCCUGGUGCUGACGGACCUCCCGGUUUGUCUGUAAAGGGUGAACCAGGAGCUCCAGGACUUGAUGGAAUACCAGGAUUAGCUGGGUUACCAGGAGUUAGGGGACCCAAGGGAGAGAAGGGCAGUACAGGAGAGAAGGGUGAGCGAGGUCGUGAUGGACUGAACAUCACAGGGCCUCCUGGUCCAUCUGGCCCACCUGGACCAAUUAUUAACAUCCAGGAUCUCUUUUCAAAUGAUACAGCAGCCAUAUUCAACCUCACUAAGAUCAGAGGACCCCCAGGUCCUAUGGGCCCUGAGGGCUUGCCUGGCAGAGCAGGAUUUCCUGGACCAAGAGGACCAAAAGGUGACAUUGGUUUUGCUGGUAUUCAGGGACUGAAGGGAGAGAAGGGGGAGCCUGGCGUAUCUAUUGCUGCUGAUGGUUCUCUAAUCACAGGCCUGAGAGGACCCAGAGGACCAAAGGGAAGCAAGGGAGACUGUGGCCCCCCUGGACAGGCCGGGAUUGUGGGACCAAUUGGACCAUCAGGCCAAAAAGGGGGAUAUGGAAUUCCUGGUCGACCGGGUCGGCCUGGAAUGGUUGGAAGGAAAGGGGACAAGGGAGAUGCAAGUGGUCCACCUGGUCCACCUGGACCUCCUGGGCCACCAGGUCGAGUGAUUGGCCUCAAUGGAACAGUUUUUCCAGUCCCUCCCCGACCACACUGCAAAACACCAGUCAACAACAACAAUUCACAACAAGUUGAUAGAAGAGAGUCGCUUGGAUUCAAAGGGGAGAAGGGUGAUGUAGGAAAUCCUGGGUUGCCAGGAACUCCAGUGUCUAUGUUUCCUGAGGGUUAUGUGGUUGCUAAUGGUGAUACUGGCUACAAAGGGCAGAAGGGAGAGAAAGGGGAUCCAGGUCUGCCUGGCUCUCCAGGGCUCCUGGGGAGAACAGGCCUUGUGGGACCCAAGGGUGAUUCUAUUGCUGGUCCUCCUGGGGAGAUUGGAGCCCCAGGCCUGCCAGGACUGCCUGGCUAUGGAAGACCAGGACCACAAGGACCACCAGGACCUCCUGGGCCACCAGGUUCCCCGUCAGUGCAUGGCUCAGCCUCAGCUGUCAGCCUCCCUGGACCUCCAGGUCCUGCUGGACCUCCUGGUGCUCCUGGCCAUAGAAACCCAGUGAGCACAUAUAAAAACAGCCAGACCUUGAUCACUGAGACCCGACAAGCUGCAGAAGGGACUAUGGCAUAUGUCUUAGACAAGAGUGAGUUGUACAUCAGAGUACGAGGGGGCUGGAGGAAAGUUGAGCUGGGAGAGCUAAUCCCAGUUCCUGAAGACAGUUCUUCAUCUGCUUUGUCACAAGGCCUGAGCAGACCAAGUGACCAAAGUAUACCCAGAGUACACAGCCAGGAGUUAAAGAGCUACAUGCCACACUACAAUGUUCUUCCGCACACUGCACACUCAGUGCCUGGGUUGCACCUUGUGGCACUCAAUGCCCCAUUCUCAGGGGACAUGCGUGGAAUCCGAGGGGCGGAUUAUCAGUGUUACCAGCAAGCCCAUGCUAGGGGCCUUACAUCUACGUACAGAGCUUUUCUUUCCUCUCACCUACAAGACCUCUCCACCAUUGUCAAGAAAGGAGACCACUUCAGUUUGCCAGUGGUGAACCUCAAAGGAGAAGUGCUCUUCAGUAACUGGAUGGCUAUGUUCUCUGGCAACGGGGCCAUUUUUGAUCCACUUAUUCCGAUUUACUCCUUUGAUGGUCGAAAUGUCAUGACAGAUCAGGCUUGGCCUCAGAAACUAGUGUGGCACGGCUCGAGUACCAUGGGCAUCCGCAUGAUAACCAACUACUGUGAGGCAUGGCGGACAGGUGACAUGGCAGUAACCGGACUGGUGUCUCUCCUCCAGACUGGCAGACUGCUUGGGCAGCACACACGUAGCUGCUCGAACCACUUCAUUGUGCUUUGCAUUGAGAACAGCUACAUGCAGGACUCCGGAAGGAACUAGAAAUUGGACUUAUACCAUCUACCCUUUUAAACUAAUGUUCCUCUCAUACACUGCAGAUGUAGGAAGCAGCAGUAGCUGGACUGCUGGGGAAAUAUCCAGUCUAACUCUUUUUUGUUUUUUAGAGAGAGAGCUCUUGUGUGAAGUAACACGCCAGAGAAAAUGGCACUGCAAGCAUGUUUCAUAUCUUCUCUGAGCAUGAUGUAAAUAUGUGUAAAUCACCCUCUGGCAUUGUUCAAUCUGUGACCCAAUUGACUUUCAUUCAACUAUUAGAAUACAAAAGAAUACCUCAGUAACACAUGUGUAGAUCUUAUUCCAUUGUACAACUUAACCACAUUACAGUGUGCCUUCACAGAUGGUCUUAUUGCCUCAUCAUGACUAAUAUAGUGGGUUUUUAUGUGUAAUCCAUUAACUACAGAUAUUAAAUUACAAACUUUGAUAGUUACAAGCUCUUUUUAAUCCAUUUAAAUCUGUAAAUGUUUAGAUAUCAGUAUUUGGAUAUAUUCAAACAAUGGAUUUAUUUUGUUGGCCCAGAAAAGCAGAAAGUUAAAAUUUGUGUUAAAAACAUGGUAGGGGAUGGGUGUUUGUCAGUUUUGGUUUGUUUUUCAUGCCCAUGAUGGCUCUUGUCUGUGAACUUGCCAUCAAAGUAUUUAAAGGGAAAGUUCACCCAAAAAUUAAAAUUCUCUGGUCAUUUACUCACACUCAUGCCAUCCCAGAUGUGUAUGUCUUUCUUUCAUUUGCAGAACACUAAUGAAGAUUUUUAGAAGAAUAUCUGAGCACUGUUGGUCCAUACAAUGGAAGUGAAUGCUGACCUGAAAUCUGAACACAGAUUUCUGUGGCAUUUUUAGGGAGACUAUCAUAAAUUAGGGGAAAAGUAUGGUUUUGCUCUUUUAAAAGUAUGUGACAAUGACUGAGAGAAUCCCCCCUUUGCACAGUUGGUGCUCA